UCUCUCUCUCUCUCUCUCUGUGUCUCUCUCUGACUCUCUCUCUCUCUCUCUGUGCAGUGUUGCUCGACGAAGAGUUCGAUUUUUAGGGUUCCUGUCGAUUUCGAUUUCGAUUUCGAAGGGUUCCUCUGCUCCCUUUUUCUCGAAGGGUUUCUGUUUGGUUUCUCGGUCUCAAUUUUAUACAUAAUUGCUCUGCUUUUCUUCGUGAAAGACUAAACUUUAGCUGCAGGGUCGGUCUGUCUUACUUGUUUAUUGUUUCUGUUCUCGGUGAAUUUUCGUGUUUUGCGUUUUCGUUGUUUUCGUGUUUGUCUGUCAUGGAUGCAGGAUCAUCACCGGGUGAUCCUUCCCCUUCGUCAAACGAAGCCAGGCGGCCAAGCUGCCCGUGCCCACUUCAAUACCGCCGCCGCCUUCUCCCCAGAAGAAGAAACCCCCGGUCUGGGAACCCAGAGAACUUGGACAGAUUCAUUCCGAAUCGGUCGGCCAUGGACUUCGCUUACGCACAUUACAUGCUGACUGAAGGGUGCAUGGAGGAGGAGGAGAACCCGGCUGGGCGCUUCGUGUCGGAUGAGGCUUACAGGAAGCGACUGCGCGAGGCCUUGGGCAUGAAUAGGACCCGAAUUCUCGCGUUUAAGAACAAGCCCCCGGCCCCCAUCCAGCCAGUUAUUCCACCUGAGUUUACUUCCCCUCUGCCACCCUCGAAGCCCCGCCGUUACAUUCCUCAGAGUUGGGAGAGGAAACUGGAUGCUCCGGACCUCGCGGACGACUACCGUCUCAACCUAUUGGAUUGGGGAAGCGCCAAUGUUCUCGCAGUCGCCCUUGGGAGCACGGUUUACUUGUGGAAUGCUUCCACUGGCUCCAUCUCAGAACUUGUAACUGUAGAUGACGAGAUCGGCCCUGUUACCAGCGUUAGCUGGGCUCCCAACGGAACCGACAUUGCUGUCGGUUUGAACAAUGCUGAAGUGCAGUUUUGGGAUUCUACUGCUAAUGCACUGCUGAGAACUUUGAGUGGUGGGCAUACAUCCUGCGUUGGGUCACUGGCAUGGAACAAUCACAUACUAACGACCGGAGGAAUGGAUGGUAAGAUUAUUAACAACGAUAUGAGGGUAGGAUCAAACAUUGUUGCGACCUUCAGAGGGCACACGGAGGAGGUAUGCGGGCUUAAGUGGUCUGAUUCAGGCUGGCAACUGGCCAGCGGAGGGAAUGAUAAACUCCUCUACAUAUGGGACCGACGCCGGUCCACGGCUUCAUCAACAACCGGCGGCCCGUUUCUCCACAGGCUUAAGGAACACAGAGACGCAGUCAAAGCCCUCGCUUGGUGCCCUUUCCAGGAGAGCCUGCUGGCCUCCGGUGGAGGUGGUGGAGACCGAUGCAUCAAGUUCUGGGAUACACAAACCGGGGAGUGCUUGAACUCAUUCGAUACGGGGUCUCAAGUGUGCGCCCUGCUGUGGAACAGGAAUGAGCGCGAGCGCGAGCUGCUCAGCUCUCAUGGGCUUCCUAGGAACCAGCUCACUCUGUGGAUGUACCCGUCAUUGAUGAAGAUAGUGGAGCGGACUGAUCAUGAGUCUCCAGCCCUUUUCUUGGCUCAGAGCCCCGAUGGUUGCGCUGUAGCAUCGGCAGCACCGGCAGAAGACCAAACUCUUAGAAUUUGGAAUGUGUUCGGGGAUCCUCAACUGGCUGGUAAAACUGCUCUGAAAGCUAACCCAGAGCCUUUUCCUCUUUUUAAUCGCAUCCGCUGAACAAAUUCUCGGAGUCCACCACUAUAGCCGUUGCUUGCGGCAGAAGAACAACUGAUGUUCUUGUUCCUCGUCUUCCUCCCAUUCAAUCCCUCUCUCUCUCUCUCUCUCCGUGCAGUAUUGCAGCGCGCGCCCGACAAGGAUUUUGAUUUCAAUCUUUGAAAGGUGCUCUCUUUGAAGGGUUUCUAUCUGAUAUCGAGCUCUCAUCAUUGUUUGCUUUUCUACGUGAAAGGCUAACCUUUAGCUGCAGGGUCUAUCUUCUUGUUUAUUGUUUCCGUUCUUGGUGAAUUUUCGUUGUUCCCUUUUCGUUUCUGCUUGCUCUUUCUUUUUGUGUUUGUCAGAGCCUGGAUGGGUGGCUGCGUUGUAGCAUCGGGGCAUCGGAUGAGACUCAGAAGUUGGAACACAUUCGGGGUUCCGCCGAACAAGUCCUCAAAGAGCCACCAGAAAGAAAUCCACCGCUAUCUACAAUCUGUUGACGGAGAUGGUCGUCGGAUAACAAAGUGGUCCUGUAUCCGGAGCUGCAACAAACCCACCGCCUCUUGAUCAGGAAUUAAUUUUUGCUGAUGUACAGUUCAUUCUUAUGUUGCAGUCACAUAUUGUGGCCGACCACGUAAAAGAUCUUGACAGUCGAUGUAUUCUUGACCAUAAGAAUGCAUAUAUAUACAUUAUAUAUAUCGUUUUGCUCA